AUUAUUUAUUAGUGUCAAAUUAUCAUUGAAUCAAUUAAGUUCUCAAUCGACCCAAUUGAUAUUUUACUCAUUUCAAGUUGGAUAGAUUUCAUUUCUUUUUUUCCUCUCCUCCGAUUACAGUGACAAAUAUAUUGAAAGUGCUUUAAAGUUAAGAUAUUCAAAAUGAUUUCUCGUUUUCUUUAUCGUUACAUUUUUAAACGGACAUCUAGCUUUAUUCUUAGUAUUGUUGUCACGUCGGUAUUUUUUGAGAGAGCUUACGAUCACGCUUGUGAGGAGAUCUUUGAAUGGAUAAACGAAGGAAGACUUUGGACACACAUAAAACAUAAAUACGAUAAUCUACCACAAACACAGAGUUAUCAAAAAAGAUAUAUCGAGGAAAGAACAUCCGAUUUAGAAGAAAUACCUAACGAAGACACGAAAGAAGACUGAAUAUUUUUAUACUUUGUUCACACAACGAAGAAAUUGUUAUUCACAAUAAAUAAGAAAAGAGAUUUUCUUAAUGAAAAUAGCUUCUGAAUUAAUAAAAUAAAUUCCGAAUAAAAUAGACUUGAAGAAAUAGAAUAGAAUAGA